AUGGGCGGCGAGGAGGGCGCGGCGUCUUCCGCGCAGUUCAGCAGCAACUCGGCGCGCUACGCGGAGCGCGCGGAGAGUACCGACAUGGUGCGCGCGCUGCAGGAAGAGCUGGCCACCAAGAUCAAGGAGCUGCAGAUCUACGAGGGCAACUACGUGGCCCUCAAGAAGGACCUGGCGCGCUGGAAGAAGAAGUUCGAGUACGUCUUCCGCGAGAACGAGCUGCUGGCGCUCGAGACGGGCAAGCUGGACGCGUCGCACAAGCAGAUCGCCUUCCUGCAGCAGGAGAUCAAGUUCAAGGAGGAGGAGGGCGCGGCCCUGCGCGGGUUGGUGAGCGCGCUCGAGGCCGCCAACAAGAAGCAGCGCGCCAAGCAGCUGGAGGCCGCCAAGGCGCGCGACUCGGAGAUCGAGGCCGCUGCGGCCCUUGCGGCCGAGCGCAAGAGCAACGAGGACGCGGACGUCGCGCUGCAGGCCGAGCGCCGCGGCCGCCAGGAGGACAAGGAGCGCUACUCGGCCGAGAUCGCCGCGCUCAAGGCCGAGAACGCGCUGCUGCUCAAGGACGUGGACCGCAAGGACGAGGACCUGCAGCGCCAGGAGGAGCAGGUGAACGCGCACAAGGAGCGCAUCACCGGGCUCGAGCAGGCGCUGAAGGACGAGCAGGAGGCCGGCAUGGCCCGGCUCAAGGACAAGCAGGACCGCGUCGUGGAGCUCGAGACGCAGGUGCAGCAGAUGGAGAUGCGCCGCCGCUCCAGCGUGGCCGCGGCACUCGCGCAGGCCGAGCAGGAGGGACGCGACAUGGUGGGCUUCGGCCCCACGAACAGACUCAAGGUCAGCCACAUCAGCGAGGGCGACGAGAACUACGACAGCGAGGAGGAGCCCGACACGCCGCCUGGCACCCCGCCGCCCAUCUCGUCCGGCGGACUGCUGCCGCCCGAGGACCCCACGGCGGACCAGACGAUCCGCGACUGGACGGAGGACCGCAAGAUCCGCGCGGCCAGGAGCUUCGAGGAGGCUCUGGACCUGGACCGGCUCGAGGAGCUCAUCAGGAAGCUGCCGUACGAGCACCAGGAGGGCGCCAGCCGUGUGCUCAUGGGCGCGCUGGACCCGGACACGCACGAGGAGCCCGUGAACGAGUCGCAGAUCGUGCUGCGUCACCUGUCCAAGGAGCGACAGGAGGAGCUCAAGGACUUCCUGCUGCCGCUGCUCAAGGCGCACCCGGCGCUGAGGGUCUCGUACUCGACCAUGGAGCGCCGCACGCUGGUGACGGACGUACGGAUCCAGAUCCAGCGCCGCCGCGACUCCGUGCUCGGUGGGUUUGUGCCUGGAGAGAAGCGCUUCGGCAAGGACCACAUCUUCUUCGGCCCGUCGCCCGAAGACGUGGGCAAGCUGGUGCCCCACAUGCCUCGUACCAUCAGCACGGGCAGCAAGGCCAUCUACGUGUCCAAGGCCAAGCACGCCGACCCGGCGGGUCCUGUGCCCGCGUCUUCCCCUCUAGAGAGAGCAAGCGAGCACACAGACGAUAUGGACACGGCGUCCGAGACGUCCGAAGUGCCCGACGUCACGACGUCGAAGCGCAAAUGGGGCGGCUUGAAUGCUGCCAAGUUCAUUGGCACCAUGGCGGCAGGUGCCAAGCAGCGCGUGGCUGCGACGUUCAAGAACGCCAAGUACACACACGAGGGCACGUCGUGCCAGUUCUGUAAGAUGACGCCUAUUGUGGGAGAGCGCUACUCGUGCUCCACGUGCGUGGGCUUCGACCUCUGCGAGAACUGUUACUCGCUUGGCGGUCACGGUCUGGAGAACUCGGACGAGCUCUUCUACCGCGUGCAGGAGCUCGUGCUGGCGCGGUGCUCGCGCUUGGCAGAGGAGGUGGAUCUGCUGGAGCUCAUGCGUUUCGAGAUCUGUCGCUCGAACCUGCGCAAAUUCAACUUCUGCCUCAACUGGCUGGCCGACAUCGUCAACGGCAAAUCAUCAAAGGACCUGCAGGCGCGUGCACUGGAGAUCCCGAGCAUCAGGCGCGACGUCAGAAAGGUGUUCGUGCCUCUUCUUAUGCGCGUGUGCAGCGACCGCGAGGAUAUCGAGGUCAAGACCGAGUGGGAGCUGGAGGAUGACAACCAGGCGCCGGUGCGCAGCGUGGGCGGCGGGGUCAGUGAAGGAGACGGCCGUUUCCUCGAGACACUGCGCAUCUGGGUGGCAGACCAGUACCGUACGACGUCCCCAUUCGUGGAGCGCAGCCUGCUCAAGUACCGUGAAGGUGAAGAUGGCGAAGAGGACGAAGACGGCAGCGACACCCUCAGCGACGACGGACACUCUCACGAGAAUGGCAGCCAGGGUUAUGACGAGCCAGGCGAGCCUAGUGACGACCCCCACCGCGGAAUCGAAGGAGCAAGUAGUCAGCCGGGAUUCGUCGAGCGCAACCGCGUUAACAGCGACGCGUUCUAG